UGCAUCAAUCUGCUUCAUCUAUUUCUUCUUCAUCUUCUACUACGAAUCGAAUUGAAUGGAAGAAGAAGAGAACGGGGAGGUUUGUGACACGGAGUUGUGCCUCAGCCCCAUCGGCCAGCGCCGGAGUUCGAGAAGAGGGAAAGCUCCAGAGUUGAAGCAAGAGGACGACGGCAACAUCACUAUAUUUUACGAUGGAAGGAUUAGCAUAUGUGAUGUUACAGAUAUCCAAGCAAGAGCUAUUAUAAGCAUGGCAAAGGAGAUGGAGGUGGAAAUCAAAAACAACGAUAACAAGAGCAGUGAUACAUUGGAACGUUUGCAAGUCCCUUGCGGAUCAAACACAACAGCAUCAUCUAUGGCAAUGGUGACAGUGGUGCCGUCGCUGUUGCUGAACCAAAGGCCGUCGAUGAAGCGAUCACUGCAGCAGUUUCUGCAGAAGAGGAAGACGAGGAGGAGCCUCCAAGUCUCAUCGCCUCCCUAUCAGUAACAUCAUUCUUUGGCAGGAGAUUGCAGGUCUUACUUCAAUUUACAACUAGAAUGCAAAGGUUGUUGGGUUGCUGUCUACCAAAAUGUGCUUCUAUUAACCUUUUAAAUUAAAAUUAUGAUGAUCAUAUUCCUUGGAAGAUGU